GAUUGUGCCGGGUAAAUUAAUCCGACAAUGCGCGUGGCAAACAACUGAUCACUUUGUCAUCGCCCUCAACAACAUCACUCUUUCACCCUUUCAUUGGAACGUCCAUUUCAAACGCCAAUUUUGAGGCGUGAGCUUCACCCUUUUCAUGAAGCAUGUAAACAAAAAAAUGACGAUGAACAAAAAAAAAUGGAAAUUUUGCCUGCAGUGACUGCGAAAGGCUGAUAUUGUCAGAAUCCUGACACGCGUUUUAACGUCGACUUUAUGUCACACUCGUCGCUGCCUGCCUUUCGUAGAACCGGUAUUGAUCAUGUUUUUAAGUUCAAGUUUCAUCUUUUGAAAAUAUUCAAACCAUUUUUUAAUCUUUGUUUUUGUUUUUGUCCUCAAUGGAUUUCCAGCCGGUUCAAAGCCGAGUUCACCCAGGUGGUGGUGGGAGUGGGACCCAAGAAUUGUUGGAGGGGAAGAGAAGGACGGUGAAGAUGGAAGAGGAGGAAGGAUCACCGUCGAUAAAGUUGGGACUGGGGAUUGAUAGGAAAACGUCGAAAGUGACACCCGUGAGGAAACACGGGAAGUGUGUGUUUACGACAACUCAGUUGCACGAGCUGCGAUUGCAAACGCUCAUCUUCAAAUACAUAGCGGGUGGAAUCCAAGUUCCCGUUAGCCUUGUUUUAUCCAUUUGGAAAAGCGUCGCCUUCUCCGUUGGCGUCUAUCAACGGUAUCCCAGCUUUGGAGUGAGUCCUCAAGCAUUUGAUUAUCGGAACAUGGUGGAUCCCGAGCCAGGGAGGUGUCGAAGAACGGACGGGAAGAAAUGGCGGUGCAGUAAGGAUGUCAUCCCUUAUCAGAAGUAUUGUUUGCAGCACAUGCAUAGGGGCUGUCGGCGUUCAAGAAAGCCUGUGGAAACUACUUCUCAAACUGCUUUGCCCGACUUGACAUCGUCGGGAAUUUCGAUCAAAUUAUCGAAAAACUCGAAGAAUCAUUCAGCACCUGUAUGUUCUCAAUACAUGAACCAAUCUUCCUGUAAUACCAGCUCAAGCCAUGAGACCCCCGAUAUCGCUGCUAUAGGGAGCGACAAUAUAUGUAGCAACCGAAAAUAUGUUACCGCCAAUGCCUCAACUAGUACCAUCACUGCAACCAAGAAAACAGGCGAAAAUGAUUCCAAAAGGAUCAAAAGCGAGCAAUAUGAAGAGAAACCCUCUGUUAGUGACGGUACUACCAUCAAUAGAAGUUGCAAGUGUGUAAACAAAGUAACCGUUGCUCAUAACAUAUCUCCGACUGUCGGCUUUUCUCCAAAAAGCGUUCUUCAAGUGCUAGGCAACAGCAGUUCCCGUGUCUACAAAAACAAAAUAGAAGUUGAACCGGGGAGGUGUAGAAGAACAGAUGGGAAAAGAUGGCGGUGCAGCAGGGACGUUGUUCCUGAUCAAAAAUAUUGUGUGCGGCACAUGCACAGAGGCGCUAGAAAGCACGCCGAGGUUCUGCAGCCUGUUGCCGUUCCCACAAACGGUGAUUCUCGACCUAGUGGAUUAACAAUAGCCAACAAAGCAACAUGUCCAGCCCCGAGCACCAGUUUGUCUAUCUCGAUUCCAAGUCAUCUGCCUACUACACUAGACGAAAAGAGCAUGAGCAGCAGCAGUGAGACUACCAUCAGCGACACAACUGUUACGGUAUUUGAUAAUGGUAAAUUCUCCUGA